CUCGCGGAUCGCUAUAUAAGAAGAAGCGGUUGGCGGUGACAGUCUCCUUCAGGGCGGAAAAGAAGUACUGAGCCGUAGAGGGCCACGAGCGGUAGCGAAAACCGAGAUGGAUCGGUACCAGAGGGUGGAGAAACCGAGGGCGGAGACUCCGAUUAAUGAGAAUGAGAUCCGCAUCACGACUCAGGGGAGGAUCCGCAACUACAUCACCUAUGCCACCAGCCUGCUUCAGGAAAAAGGUUCAAAUGAAAUCGUCUUAAAGGCAAUGGGUAGAGCAAUCAACAAAGCUAUUGUGAUAGUGGAACUGAUCAAGAGAAGGAUAGGUGGUCUUCAUCAAAUUGUUUCUAUUGGAUCUACUGACAUAACCGAUACAUGGGAGCCAUUAGAAGAAGGCCUACUUCCUCUUGAGACUACCAGGCAUGUCUCUGUGAUCAGUAUAACUUUGUCAAAGAAGGAACUGGAUGCAUCUGCUGUGGGGUAUCAGCCUCCUUUGCCCAAAGACCAGGUGAAACCCUUGGCUGAAUUCGACUAUGAAGGAGAAGACUCACCUACUGGUCAAGGUAGAGGCCGUGGUGGGCGUGGCAGCGGAAGGGCUCGUGGUAAAUAUGAUGAAAAUGGCACAACAGACUACAAUGACGGAAGUUGGGAUAACAAUGGUCGCGGAUACGGUAGAGGUGGCUAUGGCCGUGGCAGAGGCUUAGGUUUCCGUGGACGUGGUAGAGGUGGUUAUGGUGGCCGGCCUGAUUAUCAACUGGAAAACAAUGGCUAUGAUGAUGAGGUUCCUGUACCUGUUCGCGGCAGAGGUCGUGGUCGUGGUCGCGGUCGCGGGAGGGGCCAACGAGGAAGGGGUCGAGAGUCAACCGCUGUUGGAGCAUAAUACAUGGACUGAUCACAUCCCAAAAAUUUCUGCUUUAUGACUUGAUGGGGGGAUGCCUGCUCUAAUGGGUUCAUCGUUUCUCUGCCAGUGAUAGAUUAGCAGUUCCAGUGUCAUUUUAUUGCUUUGCAAUGUUUAUGAUUCUAAGUUUUAGGGCAUCUUUUUGAUUGUAGGAUGUAAUCAAUAGAGCAUUCUUUUAUUUCUUUGUUUAUUGUAAAGAUUAUGUGAUUAGUACUUAAACUAUGUCAUUUCUUACUCAUUGAAAGUUC